UCAUUUCGUUCUUUUGUUGGCAGCCUCUUAGGCAGUCACUUUUAUUAGAGAGUAAGUUCAAAAUCACACUUUUCGAAAAUCAGUUCGCGCCGAUUGCACCCCGGCCAUGACUCUGAAGCAGUGAGACCCGUUUCGCCCCUAAACCGGACACCAAUUUCAAAAGGAGUGCGCGUCUACAGCGACUGAUGAAACAAUGCGACCUUUCCUCCUCAUCCUCUCAGUUUUGGUAUGCUGGGGAGGACCUGGUACAGUGUUGGCAGCUCCUGGAUUCCUCGACUUCGACAAUCUGCCGGAGACGGGAUUUUCAUGCGAGGGCAAAGUGAUCGGCGGUUACUAUGCGGACGUGGAGACCGGGUGUCAGAUGUUCCACGUGUGCACCGUGGGCCAGAAGGGCGAAAUAAUGGACAUCAAGUUCCUGUGCCUCAACGGCACGGUCUUCGACCAGGAGACCAGGGUGUGCGAGCGGGUCGACGAGGUCGACUGCAGCAAGACCGAGGGCUUCUAUGAUCUCAACCUUGAACUCUACGGAGCCCAUGGAUUUGGCAGUGAAUGUUGUGCGAAAGAGUGGAUGUCUGCGGUGGAGAACAACGAGAUUGCCAACCAACGCAUCCACGAGGAGGAAUCGGAGGAGGACGACGAAGUGGACCAUCGGCCGAUGACGAUUCAGGCGUCGUCGACGACCACCACUACGUCGACCACCACAACAACGACGACGACGACGACGACCCCUCGGCCGACGCUGCAGUCGUUCCCGUCGAGUUCGCCGAGCGCCGUCGCCCUCCUCGCAAUCCACAAUUCCUUCUCGGGGGUGCGCCCCGUCCAGGGCGAGCUGCGCCCCCUGGCCACCGAGCUCCAGCCCCCCACGCCCCCCAGCUACACGCUGCGGCAACAGCACCACCCGCACGGCGUCGCGCACACCUUCUUCAGCAACACGCCCAGACCCUUCCAGUUCUUCGGCCGCAGCCUCCAGCAGCAGGCCAGGACCACCAUCGCCUCCACGGUCAUCGCCACUUCUCAGUCGAUGACAUCAUCGGUGUCUGUGACACACCCAAGCACCACGGCACCCCCUCCACCACCACCCACGGAGCCGACUGGUCUUGUCGACUCUGACUACGACGCCGUCAAGUCGUUUUACGAAGAUGUGCCAAGAGAAGUGAAAACAAAAUCAAUCUCACUUUCCGUCUCCACCAGCUCCUCCAGCUCCAACAACAAACCCAUCAUCGUGACGCACCACCAUCCCGUGGGUCGCCCCAAGAGGCAGCUGCGCCAAAGCAGGCGCCGGACGCAGAAUUUGCGCACGACGACCACCGAAAAGGUCGAAGAACCUCCGACGACGCCUUCCCCUCCGCCCCUUCUGGAAACCAGUUUCACUUGCGCGGACAAAAUUCCCGGCGGCUACUACGCAGACAUCGAGGCCGACUGCACCAUUUUCCACAUCUGCGUCCUCGGCAGACACAAAAAAAUCAAUGAUCACAAAUUUUACUGCGGAGUGGGAACGAAAUUCGACCAGCAGAGCAGGACGUGCAUUUCCCAGGAGUUUGUCCGCUGCAACCAGGCGGCAACCCUUUAUCACUUGAAUGACCAUUUUUUGCCAACCCAAGUUAACGAGAACCUGGCAGGAGCUGCUGGAUUCGAGUCUAAAAAGAUCAGAACUAAGAGACAAACAAAAGGUCCUCCUCGGUUCACGCUGGAGAAUCUGCCGCAAGCGACGCGCAAGUUCGAGUGUCCGGACGAGGACGGUCUGUUCGCAGACCCGGCGUCCACGUGCCAGGCGUACCAUCAGUGCAGCGCGCACCACCACUCGGUGCACAUUUGCCCGCACCCGAGCGUGUUCAACGAGGCGCUGGGCGUGUGCGACCAGUGGGAGAACGUGGACUGCAACCUGUACGGGGACGCCUUCUACGAGAGCUCGCGGACGAAGCGGUCGGCGGCGUCCAGGAGUUGCGAGGACCACGCCCACCCUGCGGGCACCCCGAUCGCCGACGAGUCCUCCGACUGCCGCAGCUACCACCUCUGCGUGUACCGAACCGAGGCGGCCGGACAGCUCGUCCAGCUGCGGCUCAAGUGUCCCGCCGGCAAGGUCAUGCACCCCACGCUCAAGCGCUGCGUCAAGGGCCACUCGUGUCAGGACGCGCUCAAGCAGACCUUCUUCGCCAAGAAAGCGUACAAAAAGAUUCGAUAGCAGUCCCGCAUUUCAAAAGGAAAAAAUCUCUUUUUUUCUAAUACAUGAGGCUGUUGAAAACGCAAAAAAAUAAGUAGAUUUGGAGGCGAGCCGCCCCGGAAAAUACUCCCUACGUUUGUUUGUGUGACCCCAUUGCAUUAAUUUUAUAAAACAUUUGUCGCUCUCUUCAAUUCGAUUAAUUUAUUUUAUCAUAUAUUGAUUUUAACUUAAUGUACUGCGCGCAUUUUGUCAAACAUUUCACUUCCGUUGAGUGCAAUCUCAUUUUUUUUUUAUAAAUCAUAGCAAAAAAUUAAAUAAGUUUUUGUAAACGCUUUGGAAUUUGUUCUUUGAUCUAUAUUUUAAAAAAGGAAAGAAAAACACGACAAAGCACAAAAUUAUGUAAAUUUGGAUAGGCUGAAGCUUUUGAAUUUGUGCGUUAUGCUUUUGAAUAAUUUCAAAAAGGACAAAACCAGCAAAACAAUGCACCUGGUUAAAGCAUUAUUGAUGUUAUUGGGAUUUAAAUUGUGCCGGAUUCAGUCAGAAAUCAAAUUAUCCUAAACCUGAAAAGAAGGGCCCAGAAAAAACAACAAUUUAUGAGAAUUUUCCGCUGCAGAGCUGGAAUUUCUCAACCUCUCGCUCUGCAUCUCGUUUUGAAUGACAGACGAACUGGAUUGACGUUUCCUGAAUCGUGUGAAAAUAUCUCGAGCCGACUUGUUGAUUUGCUCGCGGCUUCUGUCUCUCAUUGUCAGUUUUUUUUUUGUACUAUCCAUCACCAAGCUCUGAUACAUAAGUGGAUCGAAGGCCAUCAUUAUCUCUCAGUAGCAGCAUCUAAAAAGCAACAAGCACGCGCAAAUUUACACGGCGCACAAAACGCGGCCGACAAUUAAUUUUCCCACCGAGAAAACGCACGCAGCUCUUGUAGCGACAAAUAAAUUACUCUCUCGUUGCGAAAUUCACCCCUGCUCCCAUCAUUGGACAUAUUGAAAUGCGUGUGCUCUGCUGUGUGUAAGUGUUUUUUUUUCUUCUUCUGUGUUAGUGCGUGAAAACAGCCCAGGGCUUGCGUGACUUGUGUGCUGCUGUCAAUUAACACACGUUCGCUGCAUAUAUAUGAAAAUACAAAUUUUAACGAAAGCUUUUGUUAGUUUUUCUCGUGCUGGGUCGGGCGGCCCUUUUCUGGAAAACUGCACAGCCUCCCUCAUUUUGCAGGUCUUUGCUUAGCGGCCGCCGAAAAAAAAAACGGCCACUAAGCAAAGACGGCUGAUUUUCCGUCAAGGGCUUCCGCGUAAAAACGGGAAAACGCACGCGAUUCCCGCGCUGAUGUUUGCAGUUUUAAGGUUUUUAUUUUCUUAGUAACAAGAAUUUUUAGAUCAAACAAUUUCAUUAACACUGUCCGCGAGUUAUGAAUGAAAAAAUAAUGUAGCGAGCUGCUUUGAUCAUACGAUUUUUGUACUCAAAUAAAAUUAUAAAUGCAGUCAAAUCAA